AUGGCGGCGGCGGAGGGGGCGCGGGGCCCGUCGCGGACGGUGCUGGUGCGCGGCCUGCCCGCCUCGGCCCGCGGGCCGGACCUGGAGCGCGAGUUCGGGCGUGCGGGGCCGGUGCGGCGGGCGGUGGCCGUCACGGAGCGCGGUGGCGAGUCCUGUCGUGGCUUUGGCUUUAUCACCUUCUCCCUGGCCGAGGACGCUCAGAGAGCCAUCCGAGAGAUCACCACCUUUGCGGGCCAGAAGAUCAGCGCGAUUCUUGCAAAGCCGAAGGCAAGGCAAAAAGAGAAGAAGAAAGGGGUUUCAGAUGCUGCUGAGGCCCCCCAGAAGGAGAAGCCAAAAAAGACCAGAGGAGUUUCCAAAAAGGCCCGACUGAUCAUUCGCAACCUGAGCUUUAAGUGCACGGAAGAGGACCUGAAGGCAGCGUUUGCGCCAUUCGGCACAGUCCUGGAAAUGUCUCUCCCCAAGAAGCCAGAUGGGAAAAUGCGGGGUUUUGCCUUUGUGCAGUUUAGGAAUGUCCUGGAAGCGGGGAAGGCUCUGAAGGGAAUGAACAUGAAGGAGAUUAAGGAGCGCCCGGUGGCCGUGGACUGGGCCGUGCCCCGGGAGAAGUACCAGGCUGUGCAGGCUGCAGCUUCGCAUCCUGGGACACCGCAUAAAAAAAUCACUGAGACCGUGCAAGAGGACACAGGCAGUGACAAGGGUGGUGGCGGCAGUGAAGCAGAGGAGGAGGAAGAGGAAGAAAGAGCGGCGUCAACUGAGUCAGCGAGGCAGGGCAGAUACUUCGAAUGCCAAAUCCCUCCAGUGGAGAGUGAGGAGGAAGAGCCGACUAGCAGGCCAGAGAGCUCAGAGGAGGAGGAAGAGGAGCCGGGCCCUGCAGGGAGCUCUGAUGAAGAGGCAGGCGACAGUGAAGAGGAGGAAGAAGACGGAGAUGCUGAGGAAGGGGGAAGAGGCUCUGAGGAGGCCCCCUCCAAGGCAAAGAAGAGGCAGCAGCGCCAGUCGGACGUUUCUGAAGGAAAAACCAUCUUCAUCAGGAACCUGUCCUUCGACUCGGAAGAGGAGGAGCUGGGGGAGCUGCUGGAGCAGUUUGGGGACCUGAAGUACGUGCGCAUCGUGCUGCAUCCAGACACGGAGCACUCCAAAGGCUGCGCCUUCGCCCAGUUCCUGACUCAGGAGACUGCCCAGAAAUGUCUUCAGGCUGCUGAGGAUGCAAGCGAGGGGGGAGGGCUGCACCUCGGGGGCCGUCGCCUGCGGGUGGACCUGGCCGUCAGCCGCGAGGAAGCCCAGCAGCUGCGGAGCAAGGCAGCGAAGAAGAAGCCCACCGGCACCCGGAACCUCUACCUGGCACGUGAAGGCUUGAUCCGGGCGGGCACCAAGGCGGCAGAGGGCGUGAGUGCAGCCGAUUUAGCCAAGCGGGCCUGGUUUGAGGAGCUGAAGCACCAGAAGCUGAAGGAUCAGAACAUCUUCGUCUCUCGCACCCGGCUCUGUGUCCACAACCUGCCCAAGAGUGUGGACGAUGCCCGGCUCCGGAAGCUGAUGCUGCAGGCCGUUGAUGGAAUCCCCGCCGUGCGGGUCAAGGAGUGCCGGGUGAUGCGGGACCGGAAGGCCCCUGCAGGGAAGGGCCGGGGCCAGUCCCUCGGCUACGCCUUUGUGGAGUUCCAGGAGCACGAGCAGGCGCUGGCAGCCCUGCGCCGGGUCAACAACAACCCCCAGCUCUUCGGGGACCAGAAGAGGCCCAUCGUGGAGUUCUCCCUGGAGGACCGGCGGAAGCUGAAGCUGAAGGAGCAGCGAGCGCAACACAGCCUGCAGAAGCAGCCCUCGGAUCCCAAAGCCAGGGGAGCGCCCAAGGACUCACCCGGGAAACCUGCCAAGAGGCGCGGGGGCACCCCGGCCCCACAGGCGGGCCCUGCUGGGGGCUCCAUCCCCUGGUCUGGUUUCCAGACCCAGGCGGAGGUGGAGCACGUGGAGCUGCCCGGCGGCAAGAAGCGUCGCAAGGUCCUGGCUCUGCCUUCCCACCGAGGUCCCAAGAUCAGGAAGCGUGACAAGGGCAAGGUGAAACUGCCCUCUGCCAAGAAGCUGCCGGCUCCAAGCAACCCACCGAGGCAGGAGAAGCCCCGCGGGGUGCCCAAGCAGGCGCCCAAGAAGCAGCGGCGGGGGGGAGGCCGCCGAGCCGAGGCCCGCUUCGAACAGCUGGUGGAGCAGUACAAGCGCAAGAUUCUGGGCGCCGGCAAGAGCGCUCUGCCAGCCAAACGGGGCAAGUGGUUCGAGAGCUGA